UGGUUACCCGCGGCAACCAGCAUUGUGUCAACAGAAAUCUUGGACAGGCCACUUGACGCUGCCAUUGGUUGGCCUGACCAAUGAACGACUUGCACACUUAGAAUACGUCUAUGUAUUAUGCAUGAGCUGUCACCUUGUGGCGGACUUGAGCUCAUUUUCAGGUGAGUGGCGGGGAGAAGCGGGAGCUUGAAGUUUUAAUGCUAAAGGAAGAUGUCUUAAGGUAGAUCUUCUGGCAUGGAGCUGACAGCCUCAUAUGUUCGACCCAAGACCAGCAACUUCCUGCCUGCCAUCUCCACCAUGGCGUCCAGCUACCGCAACACGCAGCCCGCCAGCCACAGCGCUAACCAGUGGAGGACCAGCAGCUAUUACAAGAACAGUGGCACCAUCCCCGACUUGCAGCGAGGCAUCCCAGAUCUCAUCCGUGCUGACACCAUGCUCUGCCCGUCCAACCGGAGCACGUUGAGCACCCGCUACACGCCCGACGACUGGUUCAAGGCCAACCAGGGCAACUACCGCCAGUCGGAGGCGUCGCGGAACAGUGCCGAGAGGCUGCGGCGCGACACGCUGCGACUGAUUCAAGACAAAGAGCAGCUGACGCGUCGCAUGCAGGAGAACAGCAGCAAGGACAUUGGCGAGCGCCUCAACGACAUCGCCUUCUGGCGUUCGGAGCUGAGCCACGAGGUCGACAAUGUGGCGGGAGAGACAGCGGCGCUGGCCGAGGUCAAGAGACGGCUCGAGAGGGCUUUGGCGGAGACCGAGCGACCCCUUCAGGUUUCUCAGGAGUGUCUGUACCACCGGGAGAAGCGCAUGUCCAUCGACCUGGUCCACGACGAGGUCGAGAAGGACCUGAUCAAGGAAGUGGAGGUGAUAAAGUCCUGUCAGGGCAGGAUGAGGCAACAUGUGGAAAGAGCCGCAGCCCAGCUGGCGUUGAACCGAGCGGCGCAGCACGAGCUGGAACGAGACCUGAGCGACAAAGUGACGGCGGAGAGGAUAGACGGCCGCUGCCAUCACCUGAGGAACACGUCGGACGGCAUCGGCAUCUUCCGCGGCAUCGAACGACUGGACCCCUCGCUUUCACUGCCGGAGUCGUGGUCCAAAUUUACAGACGACAACGUGCUACGCUCGCAGGGCCAGCGCGCCGCCUCGCGUAAACUGCGCGACGAGAUCGAGGCACUACUCAACGGCAUUUCCAGCGAAAUGUGGAGUCAGUUUAACAACGUCAAUGUGUCCUUCACCAGCCGUGUGGCACAGACGGCCGACGCCCGCAACAGUCUACAAACGCACUUGGCCAAGACCCUACAGGAGAUCUUCCAGACAGAGAUGCUCAUAGAGUCCCUGAAGAAGGCUCUGCGGGACAAAGAGAGCCCACUGAAGGUGGCCCAAACCAGGCUGGAGGAGCGCACCCGCCGACCCAACAUAGAGCUCUGCAGGGACAACCCGCACUACAGGCUGGUGGACGAAGUGCGGGAGAUCGAGGACACCAUCCGCAAGCUGCAGGAGAGGCUGAUCGAGGCCGAGGGCAGCCUCCAGUCUCUGCUUAGGACCAGAGUGACGCUGGAGCACGACCUCUCCAUCAAGGCUAACUCGCUCUUCCUGGACCAGGAGAAGUGCAUGAGCAUACGAAAGACCUUCCCCAGUGUACCGAGACUCACGGGAUACACUUGAACAAAUGGCAUGUGAUAAGGUUAGAGUGAAUUCCAAGGUGUGGAGGGCAAUUGCAGAUUAACAAAAUAACAUGUGACGUGUUAAAAAAAAUGGUGUGCUUCUGGACUGUAAUCGAAGACAAAAAAAUAAUAAUACGGUGGAACCCCCCCGUAUUCGAGGGGGAUAGGGACCGGGCCGGACCGCGAAAAGUGAAAAUCCAUGGAUAAUUGACGGCCAAAUAUCCAUUCAUCCAGCCAUCCAUCCCUUUUCUUUACCACUUAUCCUCACUAGGGUUGCGGGCUGCUGGAGCCUAUUCCAGCUAUCUUCGGGCAGGAGGCGGGGUACACCCUGAAUCGGUCGCCAGCCAAUCGCAGGGGACAUAGAAACAAACAACCAUUUGCACUCACAUUCACACCUACAGGCGAUUUAGAGUUUUCACUGAAUAUACCAUGCAUGUUUUUGGUAUGUGGGAAGAAACUAGAGUACCCGGAGAAAACCAACGCAGGCACAGCGAGAACAUGCAAACGCUACACAGGAGGCCGGAUUUGAACCCGGGUCCUCAGAACUGUGAGGCAGAUGUGCUAACCAGUUGUCCACUGUUCCGCCAGUUUGUUUUUAGGGUUGGUUCCCCCCCAAAAAAGAAAAAAACUAAAAGUUUUAAAAAAUGAAAAAUUAUAUAAAUAAUAAUCAGCGAAUAGGUGGUGCCGAACCACAAGUAUGUGGGGUCCACUGUAAAGGUGCAAAGAUUAACCGACAACUAAUGGAUUAUCAAAUUAAUCGAUAACGCUUUUUGAUAACCCAUUAAUCGUUUAGAGACCAUCUUUAACUUAAAAUUGUUUAAAUUGUCAGAAUUUCAGCCUCAACAGUAAAUGUUAAUUAUUAUCUUUGUGUGACAUUUGUAAACAUAUUUUACUUUGGAAAACAAUGAUUAUCGUUUUUGCCUAUUUUAUGACGUUACGGACCAAACAGUAAC